UCAGCCAGCAGCAGCACUCAGCGCCCUGCCGCCGCCUCCCCACUCUGCUGCAUGGGCAGGAGAGAGCCGUGUCUCACUGUAGCUUCAGUUUCAGUGAUAAAUAAGGAAAGACAACCAGACACACUCCUGAGGAAGAGAAGAGUAUGCUUACGUGCAUUGCUUUCUGACAUCGGCGUCGAGGAAACGCUCUGAACGUUAGUCUGUGACGUGCUGCUGCGGUUAAACGUUAGCAGGAACUCUUCAAAACAUCACGUAUGCUGACUUUUAAUGUUCAAACCACCAAGUUCUGUGGUUGUAGUUUGUUUAAACAGCUGCCUGACACGCACUUCCGUGGAUGUUACGUUGAGACGCCAGUUUAAGACCUCCUUGAAGAAUUGCAGAACUGGGAUGAUUUUGAUGGAGUAAGACACUUCUGCCAAAAGGAGAUCUACUUGCCUGGGUUUUGGACGAUUAAGUAGCAGCAUCAUCUUCUCGCCCGCACUGAAUAUUGAAAAUGGAUGGAAUAGACACCUUACAGAGCUCGGCCCCAGAAACCAAAGCUGAGCGAAUCGCUCGCUACAAAGCAGAAAGGAGGAGGGAGCUCGCAGAGCGCUACGGCAGCACAGACGAAUUCACCUCCAAAUAUGUACGCAGGGAUCGGAAGAUUGGUGACACAGCUGAAACUCUGUCUUCGGAUACCAAAGAGAAGGACAUAUAUGAGGAUAAUGCAUCAGAGAAAACUUACACCAGAAGAGGCCUCAGGGGUAGAGGGGCCGAGGAGCACGCUGAAGAUGAACCCACACAGGAAAAAGAGGAUAUCAGUCACCUCAAAGCAAACACAGAAACUGUCUCAUCCACCAAGAUAUCCUCUCAAUUCAGGCUGCUGGAAACUGAUGACACAGAGGAGCCAAAGGUUGAAGAGGUGACUGAGGAAUCAGCCAAGAGAACUUCCAAGACAUCUCUCUUCAAGGACCAGGAGGGGACGGAGGAUGGAAGUAGGGGCCAACGUGCUAACGACAGAGUGAAGUGUCAGCUGAUGAGCAGUGAAGACAGGGAGUCCUCCACCAGCAGAAACAAAGCAAUGGAUGACAACGACUCCACAGAUGGACCUGCGAGGAAGGAGCAGUGUGAAAAUGCUGCCACUGCAGAAGAAGAAGAAGAAGAAGAAGAGUCCUCAGAUGUCGGCAAGAACAGAGACGCCUCCCCCCCUCCCUCUCCCUCUCCCUCCUGCCAGCCGGGCUCCCUGCAGCGCCAAGACUCUGGGCCUCGGGGCAUCAAGGGAAUCCUAAAGAAAAGCCGCUCCACCAGCCUGGAGUCUGACCAAAGCGAGGGCUCAACGACGGAGCGCGUGCCCCCUGCCCGCCAGAGCAGCAUAACCCUCAGUCACCAUGAGAGCGAGGAGGAAGAGGAGGAGGAGGAGAUGGACGAGAUGGACGAGGAGGAGGAGAUAGAGGAGGAGGAGGAGGAGGUUGAGGAGGAGGUGGAGGAGGAGGAGGAGGUGAAUGGGGACAGUGACAGAGAGGAUGAAUCAUUCACUGAGGAAAUCACAGAUGGAGGGAGCUUCAGCAUUGACACACAGCAGAGAGGGGGAAGCUGCAGCAGCAGCGGAGGGAGCUUUGAGGAGAUGCGGAGUCCCUCGCCAGUCGAGAGCUUGGAGCGGACGUCCUCGGUGUCGGAGGAUGUUGAUGAGCUGGAGAGCAGUUUGGAUGGAAGCCUGGGCUCAGGAGUCAAACAAAGACUGAUGGAUAUUAAUACUGAUGCUGAGAGGAAGGUCAGACUGAAGAAAUCCAGAGCAUCUGAUACGAUCCAAACACCACUAUCUGAUCGCUUUGGUCAGCUUCAAGAUGCUGAAAACGCCUGGAGGAAAAAGAAGUCCAACGUGGACGUGGGGCCAAAGAUGUCGCUGGCAGAGAGGAUGAAGAUCCUUAAAGACAAGGAGGAGCAGUGGAAGAACAAAGGCAAAGGAGCAGCCAAUGACUCAAGCCAGUUCACUGUGGCCGGACGCAUGGCCAAGAGAGGUCUUAUGUCAGACACCGGAAAAGAGGAGUCUCCUCUCAUCGCUCUCAAAAAGUGUAAUGCCACACCUGUAAAGCCUCAUGAAGAAAUCUCCAGCAGAACUGAUGUGAAGGUGGAGGGAGACAAAAGGCUGGACAAGCUUGAGUCUUUCCUUGAUAAGCUCCACAGUAAAGGCGUGAGUCAAAGCAAGCAAUCCACCAUCGAAGUGACAGCACAGGUUGAAAAAGAAGUGAUGACCCUGGAUGAUGACGAGACGUUCGGCAACUUCUACAAAUCUGUCUCCCCUGUGUCGCUCCAGGACACCAGCCUGGUUUUGACAGAAGAGGACCUCAGUCUGAUCCAGGCUAAUACACCAAAGCUCGAUUCAGCCGUAGCAGAACACAAGCGAGCAGUGCGACCAGCCAGAAGGAACCAGGGCUCAAGGAACCCUCUGCGGGCUCUGGCUGCCCGCAACGACAUCCGACAGGUCUACACCGAGCAGAGGCUUAACGUGGCCACAGUGGAGACCAAGAGGAUCCAAGUGGAGAGGAUGGCAAAACACGCCAGAUCAAACUUGGCAGAUGUUGCCUUGGCAGGUCUCGCCAGCAAAGAGAACUUCCGCAAGGUCAACCUACGCAGCGUCAAGUCCACGGAUGUUGUGACCAACAACAGUGCUCUGCCUUUCAAGAAGCUCAUGCUCAUUCGCAUUAAAGGUCGGCGGCAUGUACAAGUGCGCCUCAUGGAGCCAACAGCCAACUCGCUUAACAGUGGAGACUGCUUCCUCCUCAUAACGCCAAAACACUGCUACAUGUGGAGCGGAGAGUUUGCAAACGUCAUUGAGAAGGCAAAGGCUUCGGAGAUGGCCUCGUUUGUUCAGGCUAAGAGGGACCUGGGGUGUAAGGCCCCGCAGGUGACGGUGCUGGAAGAGGGGAUCAACAGUGAGACCAGAUGGGCCAAAGAGUUCUGGAGCCUUCUGGGAGGGAAAACCAAAUACAGAGGGGCCGGGGAACCAGAGGAGGAUGAGCUUUACGAGAACGGGGUGUGUGACUCUAACGGGGUGUACAGACUCCAGGGAGACAAGCUGGUGCCUCAUGAGGAUGCCUGGGCCUCCAUACCAAGCGUCUCCUUGCUCAACUCCAAAGAGGUCUUGGUAUUUGAUUUUGGCGGCGAGGUGUAUGUCUGGACUGGAAAAGAUGUGUCCUUGAGUGAUAGAAAAGUGGCUGUGAAGCUGGGUAAACAGCUCUACAGCGGCAGCUACGACUACAGCAACUGCAGAGUGAAUCCUUUAAAUGCCUCCUGCACGGAUAAAGAUGUGCCUCUACAGGGGGAGGGUCGUCCAAGCUGGACUCUGUUUGGCCGGCUGUCAGAACACAAUGAGACGGCCCUGUUCAGAGAGAAGUUCCUGGACUGGGCCGAAAGGAAAAAGGAGGAAGCAGCACAACUUGAGGAAGUCAAGAGCCCAGCCCACUGCACUGAUCGCACCUCCUUCGACUUGGAGCUGCAGCCAUGCAACGCCAAAGCCCUGCUGGACAACGAGCCAGACCCGGUGAAGACAGUCCUGGAAAACGUGGACGUCCAGCGGGGCCACGGCAUCGUGAGGGCGGACGAUGGCAGACAGGCGGAGCUCGCGACAGUGGCUGUUGAAGCCUGGCACAUCAAAGAGCAUGGGGAGGAGGAGCUGCCUGAGGAGAGCCUGGGACAACUGCACGAGGGAGAUGCCUACAUCAUCCGAUGGAAAUACUCCAUCACCACACUCGUUGGAAAGCGUCAGAAGCCUGGCGAGCUGAGUGCCGGGGCCCCUGGAAGAGAGAGGACCGCGUGUUUUUUCUGGCAGGGCCGUCAAUCCAGCGUCAGUGAGAAAGGGACUUCAGCUCUGAUGACAGUGGAGCUGGGCAGCCACAGGGGGGCACAAGUGUUGGUGACCGAGGGAAAAGAGCCUCCAUGCUUUCUCCAGCUCUUCCAAGGAGGUUUGGUCAUCCACAAGGGCAGCAGAGAGGACAGCGCCAACAACACAGAUGGCUGGAGGUUGUUCUGUGUCCGUGGGGAGGCAGAGGUGGAGGCCUCUCUGGUGGAGGUAGACUGUCAGCGUGCCAGUCUGCGCUCCCGUGCCAGCUUGGUGCUUCUUAAUGCCCAGAAAAGCAGUCUCUACCUGUGGCACGGCUGUAAAGCUCAUGUCAGCGCCCGGCAGGUGGCUAAAAGAGCUGCAGACAAAGUGACCCAGAGGUGCCCCUCUGAGUUAGGUCUGAGCAAAACAAGCAGCUUGAAAGUGGAGGAGGUGGAGGAAGGGUCUGAACCGACAGAGUUCACAAAGGCUCUGGGCCUGCAGGACAAGAAGGCGUAUGACUGCAUGCUGCAAGAUCCAGGGAAGUACAACUACACACCCCGGCUGUUUAGGCUGAGUGCGAGCUCAGGGGUGUUUGAGGGGGAGGAGAAGCUGUACUCAGCUCGGGUGAUUGAGGGAGUCAUGGCGAUGCCCUUCCUGCAGGAGAACCUCUACUCCGCACAACAACCAGCCCUGUUCAUGCUGGAUAACCGUAUGGAGGUGUACCUGUGGCAGGGCUGGCAGCCUGACGACACACAGUGCACAGGCUCUGCAAAGAUCCGCUGGAACAACGAGAGGAAGUGUGCCAUGGAGACGGUUCUGCAGUACUGCAAAGACAAGAACCCUCGGCGCCCCCCUCUGGCAUACUUGGUCCUUGCAGGCUGUGAACCCCUCACCUUCACAAACAUCUUCCCAUACUGGGAGAAAGACACCAGUAUCACCUCAAAGGAGAGCUCUAAGAACAAGGUGACCCUCGUGAAGGAGGCUCUGUCAAAGCUCAGCAAACAGCAGUACUCCAUCGAGGAGCUCACCAGGAAACCACUGCCAGAGGGAGUGGACCCUCUGCGUCUGGAGGACUACCUGUCUGACCAGGACUUCAAGACACUUCUUGAGAUGAGUCGAGUUGAGUUCAACGCCCUGCCAAACUGGAAGCAAAAGAACCUUAAGAAAAGCAAAGGCCUCUUCUGAACACUUUUGUUUGUUCAUAAUUCUGCCUCUUUUUUAUGUUUAAAGCAGCUUUUCUUACUUUUAUUCCAAGAAAAAAAACAUAUCCUUAUUUUUUUAAGGAUAGAGAAAAGCAGUUGUACAAUUUUGUUCAUGUUGACCUUAUUUUUUAAAAACCAAUCUGAUUUUUUUAUGUAUCACUAAAAUAUUUUAGCCAACCACUAUGUGCAAUUGUUAAUCUUUUUAUACAAGGUGUUUGCCUUGUAUGGUAAAAUACUUAACCUCCCAUUAUAAAUAUGUAAUAUACUCUUACUAAAUGUGUUAUAAUGUGUUCUUCAAACAGUGUCAAUUUGUGUGUUUGUAUGAAUAUUUUCUGUUGGUUUGAAAAAUGUGGGAGUUUUUUUUUCUAUCUAUUUCGCUGAUAUUAGAUGGUUCAGCACCCCCCUGAAUUUUCUGAGGUUUCCUUUAAAGAAACAUGCUCUUCUUUAAAAUCAUGAUUGUAUUAGAGACAUCUAAGUUAUCUAUCUUUGGUAAAGUCAACUAAAAUCCCUUAACUUGUCAAUUCUCUACUUUGAGCAUUCAAUUUGUCAUUAGACUGACCUGAAUAUUUUUUGGUACUGAAUACUUCCUGGUUCAUAUGAAAGCUGCCUGUGUGCUUGUGAUGACAGGACUAUUAUCAACUGGUUGUUUGGGACCAAAUGUGAUUGUUUCGUCUUCUUAUAAGUGUUGUUUUUGUAUUUGUAUGUGUCUCUGUGUGAGUGUGUACCAAUGUGCAACUUUAAAAGUAUUUAGUAUGAGUGCGUAUGUGAAGGAGGCAUCGAGAGAGGAACUAUGCUGUGUGAACUGCCUCUGUAGCUGGCACCACAAAUGUAAACUUGUGGCAUUUUAUGAUGUGUAAACCAAACUGUUGAUAUGACUGCCUGCUAUGCUGAAUUAAGCAAUUCUCUGCAUGAUACCCACGAAAGCAAUUUACCAACAAUUGUAUUCUUUUUUUUGCGACAUAUGCAACUUUUUGUGAUACAUUAUUAUACAUGGAGACGGCUUUUAGGCCAGCUGUAUUUCAUGGCACAUAAGGUUAACAUUGGUGGUAGGGAAAACGAGAUAAUAACACUCAAGAUUCCCUUCUGAAUAAAGUGUUUCUCAAAA